AUGGAUAACUUUGCAUGCGAACUUCUCGUACACAUUACAGCACCUAGCAAUGUUAAAGACGACAGAAGAUAUGCGACUAUCGCACAAUCCGUCCUCGAUUUCCAACCCAUCACAAGAACCAAGGUAACCAGCCAGAAGUCUCCUUUACCUUCUCAAUCCUCCAAUGCUACCGACAAGAUCGACGACGUUAGCAGGCAAGAUCCGUCGUUUAGUACUGACGAUGCCUCUUCCACAUGGAUACAAGCCCACGAUGACGCGGUAGCACUUCUUGAACAGCAUAGACAGCCUAAUCCUCUGACUUCCAUUGAUCCGUCUAAUUCCAAGAUCCUUGUCGAUAGCUCAUUCUCUGAAAGAGAACACCACCGAGGUCCGUCCAGUCCACCGCGGCCUCGCACAGCACCAGAGAAUGCAUCACCAUCUUUCGAGGUUGGUUUGUCCUUGAACCGCCCAAACCGUAGGAGAGCCCAUUCUGAGUCGUCGUCCACCCAUUCGUUUUCCACAGUUCCAAACUCAUUCGCUACUCCACAAAAUCCUGAACUACAUUUUGGAUCGAAUGAGCGCGGUGCCGAUGCAAUCAGAACCUCUACAGAGGAAUACACGACAUCACGGUGUCAGCCAAAACGAAAGAGACAGCGCGUUGACGAAAACCUGGACGCUCAUAGUGGUUUACUGCCCGUUGAGGCCGUACAGGACAAGAUUCGAGCACCCGCCAGUGGCCCAAAGACCCCCGAACAGGCACACUCGACCAAGAAGACGGUCUCCACGCAGAAUGAAUCAGGAUCAGUUUCAUCCACAUUAUCUCCCUCUCAGCCUUUGAAGCUCGGUGAAGUUGAGCAUGUGACGAUAUCGCCCCAAAUCCCCACGGUUGAUUUGACUACACCACUUCGCCAAGGAGGAGACUAUCAAGACAUGAAUGCGGAGGACUCGAGCAUCUCAACCAAAAUGGUAAUUGAAGAAGACGGAUUAGUUGACCAAAAUGUCGGUCAGAAUGAUGCAGAGCCAGAGCAUAUUUGCAGACUACGAGAGCUUGAAGAUGAGAUUAACGCUCCGGAUCCUCCGGGAGGCCAGCACCAUUUCACUACACACAUCACGAAGACAUAUGAGCGUCUCUCACAGCGGAUACCAAUGUCCAAGGUCUUCCGACCAGUUCAUGUGUCGAGAGAUGUCCGGGUGCUGGAGCGGGGUUAUUGGCUGUUCUGUGUUCGGGUCGGUACAGACGACACAGUCGCCCUUUCGAGAAGAUCACUCAGCCAAGAAGAAAGACUUGUCAAAUUAUGCCACGACCUUCAAGCGCCGACGGUAGAGCAGAGACUGACCAAAUUUAACAACAAUGGAGGAGCUCUGGAGGACGAGGUCCACAGGAACAAUACUUCUGACGCCCCAUUAUGGACCGAGACCGAGUUCACCACGUUCUGGGAGAACAUGAGCCAAUUCAUCCGUGAAGGUAAGGCCGGCUGGGGCAGCCGGCUGGUCAAAAAGGAGAAGGCCAAUUGCUCGUGGGAGAUCACGUUCUUUUGCUGGGGAGAGGUUCUAAGUCAUACAUGGCUAGCGCUCUGGAUCAUCUCGGAUAAAUUGAUCGACCGAGCCCCUAUGACGUGGAUUUCUGGCGAUGGGAUGGCAGUGGUGAAAAUGUUGACGAAGACGAAGAAGAUGAAGAAGGGGCAGGAGGACUUCGAACGGAAGGGCUUCUGGGUGAAGAAGGCGGAUGGGGAGUUUGGGUGCUGGGGACUGAGUGAAGAAUGA